AUGGCUCAUAAAAAUUGUUUUGAGGCAUUGGAUAAAACACUUAAAGAUGUCAUGAGCAAGAAGGGUCUUGGGAAUAAAAUCUUUGGUGGCAAAGUAGUUGUAUUUGGAGGAGAUUUCAGGCAAAUUCUUUCAGUUGUUCCAAGAGCAGGGCGUUCUGAUAUUCUUCAUGCAUCAAUAUGCUCCUCUUAUAUUUGGGACUAUUGUCACGUCCUAACACUAAUAAAAAACACGAGACUUCAGCAAGGAAGAGAUGGUACAAGUUCUAAGGAAAUAGCAGAGUUCUUAAAAUGGAUCUUAAAUGUUGGGGAUGCUAUUGUUGAAAGCACAUAUCCCAAUUUGGUUCAUGUAUUCCAAGAUGUUGCAUAUCUACAAGGAAAAGCGAUUCUUGCCUCAACCAUUGAAGUUGUGGAUAAAAUCAAUCUUUAUGUAUUAGAUCUAAUACCAGGAGAAGAGAAAGAGUAUCUUAGUUACGAUUCAAUUGAUAGAACUAAUACGAGUUAUACGGAAGCUUAUGAAGUGCUAACUCUGGAAUUUCUUAGUAAACUACGAACACGAGGUCUACCAAAUCAUAGGAUCAAGUUGAAAGUUGGUACCCCCAUCAUGCUGAUGAGAAAUUUGGACCAAAGUGACGGAUUGUGCAAUGGAACAAGAUUAAUUGUUACAAGAUUAGCAAAUUAUGUCAUUGAGGCAAAAAUUAUGUCUGGAAAGAACAUAGGUAACAUUUUUUAG